AUGCCUGUGACCCUAACACCAACCCAAACCGGAAUGGUUUCCGGUUGUCUUCGGUUCUAUGAUGUACAGAGCGGAGAAGGCUGCGCGGAUAUCGCAUCUCAGGCAGGUGUUGCUCAAACGGACUUCUAUAAUUGGAACCCGGCUGUAAGCACGAACUGCGCCGGCUUGCAAGCCUCCGUCUUUGUCUGCAUGGAACUGCCAGCCCAAUCACGAUGA